CAGGCAUGGCUCAAAGCAAUGAAGAAAGUAUGAAAAAGAUUAGCAAUGUGAAUCUUGACAAACUGAUAGAGGACUUCUCACAGAUAGAAAAGAAAAUGAUAGAAACCACUGGAAAGAACAAUCAUUUGGAAAUUCAGCUGGAGAAGAGUAAUAGUUUAUUAAAGAUAAUGCAAACAAAAGAGGCCAUGAUAAAAGAAGAAUGUGCUACUCUUCAUACUAUGAUAAAAGGGCUACAGCAGACUAUUCAGUAUCAACACAAUUUGAAAGAUGAAAAUGAUCAACUAAAAAGAAAUGUUGAUUUUAUGAAAGAGAAGUUAAAAUCUCAUGAGCAGGAAUAUAAGAACAGUAUUGCAAAACUCAUAAGUGAAAUGAAAAUCAAAGAGGAGGGACAUAAAAUUGAAAUGAGCAAACUUUAUCAGGAUAUGCUGAAAAAAGUUGAAUUAAAUGAAGAAAAGCACAAAGAACUAAUGAUAAAGAAGGAGAUGGAGAUAUCAGAGUUAAAUGAAAAGUUAAGAAUUCAAAAGAAGGAAAAGCAAAAUGAAAUACUCAAACUACAUCUAGAAUUUGACACAAAACUAGCAAGAGUUCAAACUAAAUCAAAGUCGUAUCCAGAUGCUACUAUUUUGCCACAGAGUAUCUACAGAAGGAAGCUUCAACAUCUUCAAGAGGAAAAGAGCAAAGAGAUUGCAAGUCUCCAGAACACUAUUCGAGACCUGGAGCGGCGUCUCGCGGCUGCCAAAAACUCCCACCUCACUCGGGGACGGUUUUGAGCAGAGCACCUUAUGGAUUAGCUACAACUUAGUUUCUUUAAAGGCAUUAAAAUUCACUUUUAUUUUCAAUGUGAGCAUGCUAAAUAAUAAAGACACACACUUUUAAGCUUUUUUAAAUUGCAUUUAUUUAGAUAAAUCCGUACUGUGCCCAAUUCUGUACUGCAUUCUUGCUUAUUGGUAUUAGCCAUAAAAGAGUUCAGGUUCAUAGGGCUGAGUUUCUCUAUUGAACCAUCAUUGAUUAUGGGAAUACUGUCUUAAGCAGUAUGCAGAUUACCAACAUACUUUUCUUCCGUUAUGUCUUUCAAGACAGUCACUCACAGUUCAGAAGAACAAUACAACACAGGAUGAAGAAAACAGGAUACACAAAUGUAUGUAGUAAAAGUCAAGCUAGUAUAAAAAGAUAAGAAGAUAUUCAAAAUGCAGUCUGUUAAAGACUUAAUUGGUUAAAA